AUGCGUGUACUCUUCUGGAACAUUAAUGGGGUUGCGAAGUUGGAUGAAUGUGUUAAAUUACGUGAGUUAGUUAAAGAUCAUAAGCCUGAGGUGAUACGCAGAGGACUUUGGCAGCAACUUAACUUGUUUGAAACUAGUCCUUGGCUAAUUAUUGGGGACUUCAACUGCGUUCUUCGUAAUGAUGAAAAUAAAGGAGGUAAUGAACCAAGGACUUCUUGUAUUAAUGAAUUCUCGGACUGGAUGGAGGACAAUAAUCUGUUUGAAGCUGAUUCUUUGGGUAGUCGUCUUACUUGGUCUAAUGGCCAAUCCGGUAUCCAUAGAAUUAUAAGUAAAUUGGAUCGUGUUGUUAUUAAUGAUGCAUGGCUAACGAAGUUGAAACAAGCUCAAUUGCAUAUGGAGGUAUCUUUGAGAAAUUCUGAUGAAGAUCCUUCGGAUGUGGAAAAAUUCAAUAUGGUGAAGGAUGCAACUAUCAAGGUUCAAGAUAUUCGGAUGCAGCAAAAUAUUAUGUUAAAACAAAAGUCUCGUAAUAAAUGGUUGUUGGAGGGUUCUAGUAAUUCUUCUUUUUUCCAUAAUAGCAUUCAGACUAGGAGGAGUCACAAUACUAUUUCUGAGCUUGUUGCGGAGGAUGGUACUAUUAUUUCUGAGGCUGUCCAACUUAGAGAUCACGUAGUUUCAUACUAUGAAUCUAAGUUUAAUGGUGAUGAUUUUCCUAUUGAGGAUGCGCUGUUUAAUUAUGAUCACACGUCCAUUACUGCUGAGGAGAGUGUGCGUAUGGAUUUAGUGCCUUCUUUUGAAUAA